AAUUAAUCAAUACAUGAAAAAAAUAACAAAUAACAAAGGGAGAGGUAGAUAAUGACUUGCAAUAUUUUUAAACCCUUUUUAGAAAAGCUAGCGUUUAUCAAGUCUUUUUCCUCCUAGAUCUUUAGUUAAAAUGCCUUCGGACCACAGAAAAGGGGAGAGAAAACCUCUUCCUCCACUCUCUCCUGGGCCUGUGUUGGACAUAUCAGAUGAGGAAUUGGUCACAAUAUCAGUAAGAGACCUGAAUCGACAACUGAAAAUGAGAGGACUUUCUAGGGAGGACAUUGUGAGAAUGAAACAAAGACGUAGAACUCUGAAAAACAGAGGUUAUGCAGCAUCCUGCAGAAUUAAAAGGAUAGAACAGAAAGAUGAAUUGGAAACAGAGAAAACGCAUGAAUGGAGGGAUUUAGAAAUAACGCAGGAAGAAGUUGUAAGAAUGAAAGAUGAAAUGAUAAACAUCGAGAGCAGAUUCGAGGCAUUGAAGAAAUUUGCGACAAGCAAUAAGAUCUCUAUUCCACCUGAGUUUGAUACUUUAUAAGAAAUAUUAUAAUAUAUUUCUUAAUAUUUUAGAAUAAUAGAUAAAGCUCUAUCUCUUUGUUACUUUAUGAAAAAGUAAAACUUUGUCAGAUUGAGGAUUAUUCAAAUAAACCAAGUGUCAAGUGA